AUGGCCUCAGCAGACGUCUACAACAAAGUCCAAGCCCACUACGGCACGGCAGCGAAAGACAUCGGCAAUGCUUCAUACGGCGAGCGUGUAGCACGAGAAUUCGGCUACAGCAAAGAAGAACUCGACAGCGUCCCUCAAGACGCCAAUCUUGGUUUGAGCUGUGGCAACCCAUUGGCGUUGGCGAACAUUCGAGAGGGGGAGACAGUUGUCGACCUGGGAAGUGGAGCAGGCUUCGAUGUCUUCCAAGCGGCGAAGAAAGUCGGGAGCAGAGGCAAAGUGACUGGAAUUGAUAUGAACGAAGACAUGCUCUCCCGCGCCAACCAAAUCAAAUCCAAACUCGCCGCCACCAACGUCGAAUUCAUCAACUCCCGCAUCACAGAGCUCGCCCUGCCAGACUCAUCCGCCGACUGCAUCAUCAGCAACUGCGUGGUGAACCUCGUCCCAGAGGAAGACAAGCACCUCGUCUUUAAGGAGAUGUUCCGGACCCUGAAGCCGGGUGGACGUGUUGCGAUCAGCGAUAUUCUAGCGAAGAAGGAGCUGCCGUCGGAGAUUAAGGAUAGUAUGGCGUUGUAUGUGGGGUGUAUUGCUGGUGCGAGUCAGGUUGGCGCGUAUGAGAGGUAUUUGAAGGAGGCUGGGUUUGGUGACUCCGUCAUUGUCGACGCGAAGAGCGACCUUAAUGUGUAUCGACACGACGACGGCACCAAUGCAGGCUGCUGUGCCCCACCACCCGCGGCAGAGAAGACGAACGGUUGCUCAAGUUCACAGAAAGUGAGUGGAUGCUGUGGGCCUUCGAAGUCGACGCCUGCACAAGCUGCCACCGUGGCGGAUUUCGACAACAUUGACUUCAACGAGUUUGCGGGUUCCUUCAAAAUCUACGCUGUCAAGUCGUGA